UCUGAGGAAACAAGUUCAACCUCCUUUUGAGCUUCCAGCUAGAAGUGAACAAAGUGUCAUGAUCACCUUGAGCUUCAUGGAGCUUGAAUCUCCCUCCUUCAUCACCUUGUUGCUCACCUUCUUUGUGUUGUUCUUAGCAGUCCAACUUGUUCAAGCUCAAAAACCCAAGAAAUCUUUCACAAAGCUUCCUCCAGGGCCAUGGAAGCUACCUCUCAUUGGUAACUUGCACCAGCUUAUCAGCACUCUACCCCAUCACACUUUGAGAGAUUUGGCCAAGAAGUAUGGACCUUUGAUGUGGUUAAAGCUCGGGGAAGUUCCAACACUGGUAGUUUCAUCCUCGGAAAUGGCGAAAGAGGUUAUGAGAACCCAUGAUGUAACAUUUUGCCAAAGGCCUUAUCUGCUAGCUGCUAGCAUAAUGGGAUACAAUUUCCAAGAUAUCAUCUUUUCACCAUAUGGAAAUUAUUGGAGACAGAUGAAGAAAAUUUGCAUGACGGAGCUUUUGAGUACAAACCGUGUCCAGUCAUUCCAAUCAAUUAGGGAACAAGAGGUGUCAGCUCUCAUGGAAAUCAUAUCUUCGAACGCAAGAUCCCCAGUUAAUCUCAGUGAGAAAAUUUACUCCAUGACGUAUGGCAUAACAGCGAGAGCAGCCUUCGGGAAGAAGAGCGGAGACGAAGAAGAAUUCAUAAGGAUUGCCAUAGAGGUUUCGAAGUUAGCAGGUGGUUUUUGCUUAGCUGAUAUGUAUCCUUCUAAUGAGAUGCUGAAAUUGAUCAGUGGGAUUAGGCUUAAACUCGAGAAGUUACAUAAGGCUUCUGACAGGAUACUUGAAAAGAUAAUCGAUCAACACAAAGAGAGGAGAAAAGGAAUGGCAAAUACAAAAAUAGGAAAUAAGAAAGACGAGGAAGAUCUGGUUGAUGUCCUUCUUAAGCUCCAACAACAAGGUGACCUUGACUUUCCUUUGUCAAAGGAUAACAUAAAAGCAGUCGUCCAGGAUAUUUUUGGAGCCGGUAGCGAGGCAUCAUCAAACACAGUGGAAUGGGCAAUGUCCGAGAUGAUAAGAAACCCGAAGCUAAUGAAAGAAGCGCAAGCUGAGGUGAGAAGAGUCUUCCAUGGGAAAGGAGAAGUGGACGAAGUAGGGCUUGAGAAAUUGAAAUUCCUGAAGCUAAUUGUCAAAGAGACCUUGAGAUUAUACCCUGCUGGACCUCUUUUAAUACCAAGGGAAUGUAGUGAGGAUUGUGUUAUUGGUGGAUAUGAGAUACCUGCCAAGACGAAGGUCAUCGUGAACGCAUGGGCAAUAGGAAGAGAUCCAAGCUAUUGGAAGGAAGCAGAAAAGUUUCAGCCCGAAAGGUUCAUCGAUAAACCGAUUGAUUUCAGGGGAACAAACUUUGAAUAUAUCCCGUUUGGUGCUGGAAGGAGAAUGUGUCCUGGAAUUUCCUUUGCACUACCCAAUAUCGAGCUACCCCUUGCCAAAUUGCUCUAUCAUUUUGAUUGGAAACUUCCAAACGAAAUGAAGUGUGAAGAUCUGGACAUGACUGAAUCAUUUGUUGUUAAAGUUGUGAAGAGAGGGACAACUUCAAAUAAUAACAUCAAGCUGCCACCAGGGCCAUGGAAAUUACCCUUUAUAGGCAACAUGCACCAGCUUGUUGCCUCGCUACCUCAUCACAUACUGAGAGACCUGGCCAAUCAACAGGGACAGCUGAUGCACCUAUGGCUUGGUCACAUUUCGACCAUCGUUGUUUCUUCAACAGAAAUUGCAAAAGAUGUCUUGAUAACUCAUGGUAUUGUCAUUGCUCAAAGACCUCAACUAUUUUCCAUGAGUAUCAUUACUUACGAUUUUAGGGACAUUGCCAUGGCACCAUAUGGCGAUUACUGGAGACAAGUAAGAAAAAUUUGCACGGUAGAACUUUUGACAGCAAAACAAGUCCAGUCAUUUCAUUCAAUCAAACAGGAGGAGGUCUCGGCUCUUGUGAAAUCCAUAUCUUCAAAUGAAGGAUCGCAAGUCAAUCUUAGCGACAAAAUUUUUCCCUUGACAUAUGGAAUCACAUCAAGAGCAGCAUUUGCUAACAGAUGCAAAGACCGAACAUUCUCAUCAAUUGUCAGAGAAGUAGCAAAGCUGGUUUCUGGAUUUAGUAUUGCAGAUAUGUACCCGUCAUUUCGAGUGCUUCAACUGAUCAGUGGAAUAAGACAGAAACUUAGGACUCUGCAUCAGAAGAGUGAUAAGAUACUUCAAGUCAUCAUUGAUGAACACAAAGAGAGAAUGGAGAGAGGAAAAAUAAGUGAAGGAGAAGUAAAAGAAGACUUAGUUACUGUUCUUUUAAAGAUUCAACAGCGUGAUGAUCUUGAAUUUCUCCUAACUGACAACAACAUCAAAGCAGUCAUCUGGGAUAUCUUCAUUGGGGGAAGUGAGACAUCGUCAAUAAUUGUGGACUGGGCAAUGUCAGAAAUGCUGAAAAAUCCAAGGGUGCUAAAAAAAGCACAAGAUGAGGUAAGGCAGGUCUUUCGUGCAAAAGGGGAUGUGGAUGAAGCAAGCAUACAUGAAUUAAAAUACUUAGCAUCAAUAAUCAAGGAAACCCUGAGGUUACACCCUUCUUUUCCUCUGUUACUUCCAAGAGAAAGCCGAGAGAAUUGUGAAAUUAUGGGAUACCAGGUACCGGUCAAGACCAAUAGCAUAAUCAACGCAUGGGCAAUAGGGAGAGAUCCGAAGCAUUGGAAUGAUAUUGAAACAUUUUACCCUGAAAGGUUCUUGAAUGCUUCCACUAAUUUUAAAGGAACAGAUUUUGGGUAUAUCCCGUUUGGCGCAGGAAGAAAGAUGUGUCCAGGCAUCUUGUUUGUACUCCCUAACAUUGAGCUGCCUCUGGCAAAAUUGCUCUACCAUUUUGACUGGAAGCUUCCUACUGGAAUGAGGCAUGAAAAUCUAGAUAUGACUGAGAGCUUUGGGACGACUGUCAGAAGGAAAGAUGAUUUAAUCUUAAUUCCCGCCCCUCAUAGCCAUUCAUCUGUUGAAUGGUAAUUCUCUUUGAACUGCAUAUUAGUUAUUGUUUUCUUGUUUUAGAGAUGUUUUUAUUGUCUCAAUAAAGCUUUGAGAACAUGUGAAUCAGAUUCCAGGCAGACAUGUUGUAGGUGGAAAAAUUUUCUGUUGUCCCUUAUCUGAAAA